GAGAGACAUAGUGGAAGAAGCGGAGAAGCGCCUGGAUCCAGCUCUCUCCUCCCCGUGACGUUGCUCGGCGUGGUCCCGGGGUGCGCUGAUCUCCACGUCCCGUCUCCGCAGAAAAACCACUUGAGUUGCGGUUUCCUCACGCGCACACAGGCUGCGGUGCGACGCGCGCGGUCCGGUCCGGUGCGGCGAGGCGAGGCGAGGCGCGUUGCUGCUCCCCGGUAUCCUCCGCGCACUCCACGCUGCAAGUCCUGUCCCACAUAUCGGCGAACUGUUUCCACGCUGCUGGAAGGAGGAAGAGGGGAAAGAACCCGCGGCGGUGACUAAGGCGACGGGGCGCAAAGGAGAAGCGGGGAGAAAGACAGAGUAAAGAGAGAGGAGAGAAGAGGAAAGAGGUCGCCGCGGUCCUUCUCCUCCUCCAUCAACGGGCUGAAUCUCCGCCGAGAAGAUGCUGAGGACACUCGGCGUGUUGGCUGUAGUGGCUCUGGGGCUGAGCGUCGCUCACACCAAAGUGAAUAAACACAAACCAUGGAUUGAGACGUCAUAUCACGGGGUGAUCACUGAAAACACCAACGUCGUUCUGCUGGAUCCUCCUCUGGUAGCCCUGGACAAGGACGCCCCCAUCCCAUAUGCAGGGGAGAUCUGCGCUUUUAACAUCCACGGGCUGGAGGCUCCGUUCGAGGCGGUGGUCCUGAACGGGACGUCUGGAGAGGGCCAGCUGAGGGCCCGCGGCCUGGUGGACUGCGAGCUGCAGAAGGAGUACACCUUCAUCAUCCAGGCUCAUGACUGCGGCUCAGGACCCGGCGGCACAGAAGGCAAGAAGUCCCACAAGGCCGUGGUGCACAUUCAGGUCAAUGACGUGAACGAGUUCGCGCCGGUGUUCCGGGAGCCCCAGUACCACGCCGCGGUGACGGAGGGCAAGAUCUACGACAGCAUCCUGCAGGUGGAGGCCACUGACCAGGACUGCUCCCCACAGUACAGCCAGAUCUGUAACUACCAGAUCACCACCAGCAGCACGCCCUUCGCUAUAGAUCGCAACGGUAACAUCAGGAACACGGAGAAGCUCAGCUUCGACCGCCAGCAGCAGUACGAGAUCCAGGUGACGGCCUGGGACUGCGGCCAGAAGCGCGCCCUGCGCAGCGUGCCGGUCCGCAUCGACGUCAAGCCUGUGUGUAAACCCGGCUGGCAAGGCUGGAGCAAGCGCGUGGACUACGAGCCAGGAACGGGCAGCAAGCAGCUCUUUCCCAAGAUGCACCUGGAGACGUGCGGCGGCCUGCUGUCGUCGGCGCGGACCACCGUGGAGCUGCAGACCAGCCACAUCGGGAAGGGCUGCGACCGCGAGACCUACUCGGAGAAGUCGCUGCAGAAGCUGUGCGGGGCGUCCUCGGGCAGCACCGACCUCCUCCCCGCCCCCGGCGCCGCCACCAACUGGACCGGCUCCCUGCUGAGCGACAGCGGGAGGGACAGCGACUUGAUCUUCAGGUUCGACGGGCGCCAGGCGGCCAAGAUCCCCGACUGGGUGGUGCCCCAGAAUCUGACGGACCAGUUCACCAUAGCAACGUGGAUGAAGCACGGGCCGAGCCCCGGCCUCAGGGCCGAGAAGGAGACGCUGCUGUGCAACUCCGACAAGACCGAGAUGAACCGGCAUCACUACUCGCUGUACGUCCACAAUUGCCGCUUGGUGUUUCUGCUGAGGAGGGACUUCACCCAAGUGGACACAUUCAGACCGGCCGAGUUCCACUGGAAACUGGAGCAGAUCUGCGACAAGGAGUGGCAUUACUACGUCAUCAACGUGGAGUUCCCCGUGGUGACGCUGUACGUGGACGGCGUGACCUACGACCCCUACCUGGUGACGGACGACUGGCCCAUCCACCCGUCGCAGAUCGACGUCCAGCUGACGGUGGGCGCCUGCUGGCAAGGGGGGGAGGUCACCAAGCCCAGGUUCACCCAGUACUUCCGGGGCAGCCUGUCUGGACUCACCAUCCGACCAGGGAAGAUUGAGAGCCAGAAAGUAAUUUCCUGUCUGCAGGCCUGCAAAGAGGGGCUGGACAUCAACUCCCUGGAGAGCCUCGAUAAGAGCAUAAAGUUCCACUUCAACCCGGCCCAGUCCAUCCUGGUGAUGGAGGGAGAGGACCUGGAGAACAUGAACGCCGCCGUCAGGAAGGUUUCCUACAUCAACUCGCGGCAGUUUCCCACGCCGGGCAUCCGGCGUCUGCACAUCUCCACCGUCGUACAGUGUUUCGGCGAGGACACGUGCAUCACCAUCCCCGACAUCGACGCCGUGGUGAUGGUGCUGCAGCCCAGCGAGCCCAGGAUCACCAUCACGGGGGUGGAGCGGCUGAGCUGGCCGGCGUCGGACCUGCGAGGACCCGAGGGCAUCGCUCUGUUCGAGGACCUCCACAUCAUCAGCACCGUGACCAGGGCGGACGCCGACGCACACCGCGCAGCGCGUCGCCCUGGGGUGCUGGAGGAGAUCAUUCAUAACUUGGACUACUGUGACAUCCUGGUGCUGGGGGAGGAGCUGGCGCCGGGGCGGGAGUCGCUGCAGCUGCAGCGGAGCGUUCUGCUGGGGAGACACCUGGACGCCACCAACUCCACCUCCGGCAUGUCCAUAUACGGCGUGGACUCCAUGGCCAACUACGAGCAGGUGAUCCGACAGGUGCGCUACUACAACUGGAGGCCCGGGCAGCUGACGGAGAGGCGGUUCCGCCUCACCUGCUCGGAGCUCAACGGACGCUACACCAGCAACGAGUUCAACCUGGAGGUGAGCGUCCUGCAUUCCUCGGAAGCCGGAGAGCACGUCAGCCACAUGGUGGCGCCGCCCCAGUACAUGCAGGUGGUCCAUCAUCCGGCCGCGGUGCACGACCUGUUCCCCGGCCACGGCUCGGGUGUACCGAGCGCCGCCACCGUGGUCAUCGUGAUGUGCAUCGCCGCCCUGGUGGUCGUAGUGGUGCUGGGCGUCUACCGGAUCCACCUGACCCACCAGCAGGAGGUCAGGGCGGUCAAAGACUCGGAGGCGGCCUGGGACGACGCCGCUCUGACCAUCACCGUCAACCCGAUGGAGAACCUGCAGGACCCGCAGGCUGCGCAAGGAGACGCCAGUGAGGAGGAGGAGGAGGACGAAGAGGACGAAGAGGACGACGACGAGGAAGAGGAGGACGACAUCACCAGCGCCGAGUCAGACGACAGCGAGGAGGAGACAGACGUCCAGCUCCCCAGGAUGCAGCGCCCGAGCAAGAAGGGACAGAACUGGGACAAAACAACAAUAUCUUACUGAGACACACACAUACACACACACACACACACACACACUUACACGUAAACAAACACACACACACGUUCAUACUGAAACCUGCAAUGAAAUGAAUGAAUCAAACUGUACAGACUGUAUGUGAUGUUUAUGCUCUAAACAAUGAGGUAAUGUCGCCCCCUACUGGAAGAUUACACACACACACACACACACACACACACACACACACACACACACACACACACACACACACACACACACACACACACAAUGAUUUAACCUUAGCCUUGUCCGAAAACCUCCCGUUUUAUACAGCUGAUGAUAAAUAAUACGACACUAGAUCUGCUCCUCAAUCAAGUGGCUCUUAUCCUUCUUAAAGAGACAGUCAUCAAACCUAACGCCAGAGAGAUGGUUUUCCUUCUCAACAACAGUCUUUAGAAAUCCAGUCGUUUGAUCUCACUUUUCCACUCCUUCAGUUUGACGUGUCCAAUGUCACACAGACGUGUCUGAUGUCUCAUACAAAUGCAAUACAGUCUUUAUUUAUGAAAACAUACAGGAAGUGACUAUUUUUAGUUUGUAUAUUCAUGAUAUGUAUCAGUCUCUAUGCUACCCUCUGUGGCAAAGCCAGGUGAUUUUUCAGAAUAUAGAAUAUUUUCAAUGGUACAAACACAAAAGGAAAAAAAAGAUGCUCGUGCUGUUGCAUCCAUCGCGUUGAGCAUUAGCUGGAGGGUCUGCGUUGGGGGUUCUUGGGACAGUCACAGGAUUCUCCUUGUAAAUUUUUAUACACUCCUUUCAUGUAAAUACUGAGUAUAGUAGGUGACCCUUCCACCAGGCCUCGCCCGUCUCUCACACACACACACACACACACACACACACACACACACACACACACACACCUCCUCCACCUGUACACAGCACACGAGCCGUGUCUCCAUCUGUAUGUGCACGUCCCGGCCCUUUACCCUGCAGGGGUCUUUACAGAGCUAACCCCCCCCCCCCCCCCCCCCCCCCCGUGUCGUCAUCACUGUGUUUCUCCCUGUGUUCACAUCAUUCCAGCUGACGGUGGCUCGGGUUCGUCUGGACGGAUGCGCCGCCGUCUCCGUAGCGACCGUCGGUCAAAGCGUCUCCGGGGGAAAAUAAGCAGGUUGUCUGAACAAAGUCAGAGCCACGAGGUCCUGUGAGGAGUUCUCAAUGGGAGGAAGAACGCUGCGUUACAGGCUGUACAGCGUUAAAGUUAAUGAAUGAGCAACCAGUAAAAAUAGAAAAUGAUUUGAGUUGUUGUAACCUUCCAAAAUAAGAGCUUCUGCACUAGAGUGGUGAAUCUCUGAAACCUCCACUACUUUUAACUCAACCUCCAGAAAUUGCAAAUCUCGAUUUGUUUGGAGCCCAGAUAAAAGGACGGGGGUUAAAGAGGUUUGACUUUAUCUGAAAACCCAGUGUUUCCACCUCGACGUGAACAGGCAUUAAUCCCCGGCUGUGGCCAUGUUUGAAAGCAAAGAAGCAGGAGGAAAGAAGCGCAGCGGCUGAUGGUUUCCCCAUUGUGGGACUAUUGCAGGUUUUCUUAUUAUUAUCAUCUCAUGGUACAGUGACACGUUUCCUCCGUCGACCUAGAGCUGCAGCUGGAAAACCCCCUGUAUGUAUAAACUGUAGCUCUGUGUCCAUACGUUGUUUCAGACUUUCCUUCAUAUGCUGUGAUACCUGGUCUUGUGACGUCACAACCCCCUGAAACCUUCGGUGGAUUUUGCAUUGGCCCGAAUGUUGUCCUGACGUUUAAUUUAGAAGAGGUGGCCGGCGAAAUCAACAUGGAAACCUUGUAUAAUGUGUACAUUUUUUUAUUUCCUCCGGUUUCUCGAGUCUGGUUCCUUUGACAUGGUCACGACGGCACUUUCUGUAAACUGGCCAAUAAAACCUUCUUUUGGAAUCAA